AUGCGCGGGGAGGCGAGCGAGCCGGUGGUGCUCGCGAACGCCGCCGCGCGCGUGGCGUGCGGGUCCCUGUCCAUGCUCUUCAUCUUCACCAUGGUGGCCUUCACGACGCUCAGGGUCUUCGGCCUCAAGCGGGUAUUGGUGCCCAGAUCGGGCAUGAUCGGCGUCGGUGUUUUUUGGACCAUCGCGAGCUCGACCUACGCGGUGAUAUGGCACGACGAUCCCACGACGAUUGCGCCGUGCCAGCCACUGCACGCGCUCCUCGUCAACCUGCCGCAGCAGGCGGUGUUCCUCCUCUCCCUGCGAAUGCGUCGCCUCGUCACAACCUGGGGCGCCAUCCGGCUCUUCGGCACGUUCGCGAUUGGAGUCGUCCUCCUCAACGUCGCGCACGAGUUCGCCCACGGCGAGAGGGAGACCAUCGCGGGGGCGCCCAAGAAGGACGGCAGCGUGGAGGUGCUGGACGUCACGGACGCGACCGUCAACCUCUUCGUGGCGUUCGCCAGGGCAGCCGCGGGAUUGUUGCUGGUGCAGGGAAGCUCCGAGCGAGAGGGCGCGAACUCGGCCCCUCGCAAAACCACCGGGAGUCCGCAGGAGCUGUGCCUGGCGUCGUGCUGGUGCGUGAUGCUGGUGCUGAUGUCCCUGCCGAGGUUCGGGAACGAGUCGCCGUGGGGCGAUCCGCUGGGGGGGGCGAGGGCGAGGGGGGCGGGCGGCGUCAAGGCUGGCGAGCGCGCGUGGGUGGUCUGGUACGGGUUCAAGGCGUCCCUGUACGUCCUGGCGCAGUGGGGCGGGCUGCUGGCGGUGAAGCUGUCGCCGUCGAGGCUGCUGGACAAGGUAAACUCGGAGCGCGACAGGGAGAAGGAGAAGGCUGACGCCAAGAAACGGAAUUAG